GCAUCAGAGUUCCUCAAUGAGCAGCUAUACACAAUGACGGGCUCGGAAGCAUGGGAAUAUUUUCAAGAAGACCCCGACGCCUUCAGGUGUUACCACAAUGGAUUUGCCGAACAAGUGAAAAAGUGGCCAAACCAUCCACUCUCCAACAUUAUAAGUUGGUUAAAGACCAAGCCAAGUGGAUCUGUUGUGUUCGACAUGGGCUGUGGAGAAGCAAAAAUAGCAGCUACCCUCGGUGACAUGCACAAGGUGCACUCAUUCGAUCUUGUAGCUGUAAACGAUCAUGUAACAGCAUGUGACAUGGCACAUUUGCCGAUGGAAGACCUAUCCGCCGAUAUUGUUAUAUUUUGUCUUUCCCUCAUGGGUACGAAUCUCAGUGACUAUAUCAAGGAAACUUGGAGGGUGUUGAAGCUUGGGGGCAUACUAAAAAUUGCCGAAGUUACUAGCCGUUUUGUUAAUGUCAAGUUGUUCUGUGAUGCUCUUUGCAAAUUGGGUUUUGAAUUAACUGAGAAGAAACGAUUGAACGACUAUUUCAUAAUGUUGGAACUACGAAAGGUUGAAAAAGUGCAGAACAAGCGGCCUUUUGGGCUGAAAUUGAAACCAUGUUUAUAUAAAAAGCGUUAG